AUGACUGUGGAGAAACCGGGCCAGCUUCCGUACGGAGACGGGUCUUUCAAGAUUUUCGGCAUGGAAAACUACGGCAACACAUGCUACUGCAACUCCAUACUACAGUGUCUUUUUUACACAUCCAAGUUUCGGACUGAGCUUUUGAAGUACAAUUAUACCCCACACGAGCGCAGGCGUACAAUCAGUGGUGCCUCUCCACACGGUUUCACUACCAAAUACGAACAAUUGAAAAGCAAGCGGAUAAAGCAGCAGUCUAAACUGUCUGAUGGCGUGCAACUGAAUGGCAGUUCUGCGGCUGCAGGCAAGAGUUCUAUGCGCAGCUCAAUCUUCGGCAAGUUUUCCAACUUGGGGAAUCUGAACGGAAACGAAGACAUCCUGCUGUCGAAGCAUCUGGCGUAUAUUGAAAACGCAGCCACGUGUCACGGCUUGGCAAUAGACCAGAAACUCAUAGUGCAGAGAAACCCAGACUUGCACUGUCUCCAGAUAUUGGUGACGCGGCCAAAUGCUAUGGACGAGGCUGAAAACAGAAACGACAACUCCAACUCUUCUGCGGCCCUUUUAGACUCCAACAACAGCAGCCAGAGGCAACUCAGCGGAGAAGAGGCUGUCGGUUCUGUCACAGCUCAGUCUGCCUUUGUCAUCGUCGGCAUUCCUCAACCAGAACCUAAUGUGAAUCCGCCCAUCAAUCCAUUUUCUCCCCAUCCGUCUGCCGAGCAACGGAAACGCUCGGCGUUGAUUAACGGGCCCAUCUUGAACUUGGAUUAUCCGCUUUCUGACGAAGGUAAGAAGAACGAAACAUGUCUUUUAUAUGCGUUAAAGGAUUUGUUUGAGGCGAUGGUGGAAAAUGAAUCGCAGAUUGGCGUGGUUUCUCCAGCAUACUUCGUUCGCAAGCUAAAGGACAAGAACUAUUUGUUCCGCCAAGUCAACAUGCACCAGGAUGCUCACGAAUUUUGCAAUUACUUGAUCAACGAAACCAUAGAAAGUGUCGUUCACGAAAAAGGCGAGGCAAACAACUGGUGCACCAACAUAUUUCAAGGAAUAAUCACCAAUGAAACAAAAUGCUUAUCGUGCGAGUCAAUAACGUCCAAAGACGAAACCUUUUUGGACCUCUCAAUUGAUAUUCCUCCUGGAGAAAGUGCCUACUCGCUAACAUAUUCGCUUAACAAUUUUUCAAAGCUGGAGACGUUGAACCACCAAAACAAAUUCUACUGCAACACAUGCCUGUCGUUACAAGAGGCGGUGAAAACAAUCAAAUUAAAGAAGACGCCAGAAAUCUUAGUGAUCAACUUUAAGCGGUUCAAGUAUGAUGAUAAACUUGACCGAAUGGUGAAACUUUUUGACUCUAUACUGUACCCGUUGAAACUUCGACUUUUCAACACUACGAGCGCGGGCAAACAAACAGACAACGCAAAGCCAGAGGAUUUUAGCUUGUAUGGUUUGUAUGCUCUCGUGGUACAUAUUGGGGGCGGGCCUAUGCAUGGACAUUAUGUGGCUUUGUGCAAAUGUAAAGCUGGGCUCUGGUUUUUGUUUGAUGACGAAACUGUUGAAUUAGUGGACGAAUCCUAUGUGCUUCGUUUUUUUGGAAACGGACCGGGCCUUGCCAGUGCUUACAUUUUAUUCUACGAAAAACUUGAUACAUCAUUAGAUGAUGGAAGCGGUCUAGAUUUUGGUAUCGACUUGAAUGGCAUUUACAAUGGUGAUGACUAUACCAUGGCUCUACAGCAAAUGAGUCCGUCGUGUGAGAAUGGGAAGCAUGUGGAAAAGAAGCGGGACAAUGCUCCUAGUGACUAUGAAGAAUUCACAUAUCCUGAGCCAUACGCUCCAGUUUCUGAUGCAACUAGUGUGGGACGGAAACUGUCGAUAUUCAAAAAAUCAUUCAUGUUCGAAUCGAAAGAAAAUGGAGACACAGUGACAAAAUCUGUAUCACGUACUUCUUCCAACAAAGAUUAUGCUCCUGAUGCGCCUGCUCAAAACGGGAAUGGGAAAACCAUGAACAUUUUUGAGAAGAAGACAUGGGUGAAUGGCCUCAAGAGGAAAGAGCUGAAGGCAGAAAUUCCACAACAAGAUCGCAAAGUCUCCCAGGGAAGUAUAAAGACGUUGGGGAGCAUGAAAUCCGAAGCCAGUGGCGAGGUUAAAGAAAAAAGAAGAGGAAGUAUUUUCGGAUUCAAAAGAAAGAGCAAGAGCUGA